AAGAGACGUUCUUAUAUGUCAAUCAAAGGACCUCCGCCGCCGCCGGGCUGUAAGCGCUGGCCACACGGGGGAGGCGACGGCGCCUUCGCGAUGGCAGAGGAGGCCAUGUUCGACUUCAUUCACAUGGAGGCAGUCUCCUACGUGUUCCAGGGAGGCGAAAAACUAGCGGAAGAUGAAGCAGUAUCAAAGCUUGAGCACAUGGGCUUUGCUACUGGAUACCGAUUAGUAGAAAGGUUGACACGAGAAUCUGGCCGCUACAAAGAUGAAUUAGACAUAAUGAAAUACAUCUGCAAAGACUUAUGGGUAACUGUGUACAAGAAACAAAUUGACAACUUACGAACCAAUCAUCAGGGAGUUUAUGUCCUUCAUGACAAUAGAUUCCGUUUUCUCUCACACAUGGCUACAGGAAAGCAGUAUCUUCAGUAUGCCCCCAGGUACCUUGCCUUCACAUGUGGACUUGUGCGUGGAUGCCUUGCCAACCUGGGUGUCACCUGUGUGGUAACAGCUGAAGUGACGCAGCUUCCUGCCUGCAAGUUCCAAAUUCAAGUUCAGCGGGGAUGAUAGAUAUGGACUUUUUUUUGUAACAUGCAACUCUUUAUUUAAUUACUUUUAUAUAUGUCUGUAUGUAUAUGUGCACGUGUAAUUUUAAUUAUGUUUAGUUAUUAUAAGGGAUAAUUUUUUUGGUAUAGUUAUGUUACUGAAUAUUGAUUGAUGAGUUAUGUUACUGAAUAUUGAUUGAUGAGUUAUGUCACAAGGUUCUAUGAAAGUAUGUAGAUAAUUUUCUAGAUAUUUAUAAAGACUAGGAUCUUACAUUAUUAUACACAAAAAAUGAUUUUGUAUUCAUAUGGAUGGUAACAUAGAUAUCUUUUGUGUCCUCUUCCAUUUUUUCAUAGUCUGACAAAAAUUUAUUAUUUAUUUCCUUGGUGUGCAUUACAUAGCACAUCUAGUUUUGAUUGUAGAGCAUCUUUGUAAAUAAUACAUAUUAGAUUAUGGAACUUUUUAAAAGAAAUUAUAGAUUAGGUGUAAUGCAUUGAAAUGAAUAACCCAUAGAACUUAUGACAUUAGUAUCAAGUAUUUUUUCCUCAAUGGUGAAAUAAAAGAGAUUAAGUACUACGUUGUAUCAAGGUCAUUCAUACAAAACAUUCCACAGUAGUACUUUCCAGCAAAUUGAAAUAUGAGCAGCCUGGAAAUUGAUAGGUGAUUUUAGUUCUGCAGCAUUUUAAAUUGCAAAUUGUAUGUUGUGUGAUUCUUCAUUUCACCAGAUGAUUAACCCAAUGCCUCAGGGAGAACCUGGGCGUGUCCACUCUGGGGAGGACGUGUGGGUAACUAGGCUUGCCUCCUGAGCCUAUUUCAGACUCGACUAGUGCAUUGCACUAUCUGCAGUGUACAGUCAAAGUGAUGUGAUUUCUUUUUGUAUCAGUGAUAUCCAGAACAUGAUUUUAAUGUUGUUUUUUAUUCAGAGAUGCAAGAUAUUUAUUUAAGGUUGCUAGAUAUAACCUGUAGUAGCCUGAUUAUGUAAAUUAGAGUGUUUCAAUAAAUCAGGUGUGUUACACUCUGUGGAAAAGA